GGCCCUCCCACUUUCGCCCGCGCCGCCUCACGGCCCCGGCCCUCGCUUCACCCCGACGCCCCGGCGUGCGCGUCCUCCCGCCGGCCUGCAGGCCCGGGGCCUCCGCCUGCCAGCCCGCCGCUGCUCUUCGCGGCCCCGGCUCGCGUUCACGCUGUCGCCCGGGCCGGCGCGGCCGCGGGCAACCGCUCCCCCUCCCACACCUACCCCGUCCCCUCCCCGCCUUUUCCGCCCUCGCGUCCCCCUCCCUCGGCCAGCCGCCGCUGCUCCAGAUGAGGUGAUGGCAACGGCCAACUUCGGCAAGAUCCAGAUCGGGAUUUACGUGGAGAUCAAGCGGAGCGAUGGCCGAAUACAUCAAGCAAUGGUAACAUCUUUAAAUGAAGAUAAUGAAAGUGUAACUGUUGAAUGGAUAGAAAAUGGAGAUACAAAAGGCAAAGAGAUUGACCUGGAGAGCAUCUUUUCACUUAACCCUGACCUUGUACCAGAUGAAGAAAUUGAGCCCAGUCCAGAGACACCCCCACCUCCAGCAUCCUCAGCCAAAGUAAACAAAAUUGUAAAGAAUCGACGGACUGUGGCUUCUAUUAAGAAUGAUCCUCCUCCAAGAGAUAAUAGAGUGGUUGGUUCUGCACGUGCGCGGCCUAGUCAACUUCCUGAACAGUCUUCCUCUGCACAACAGAAUGGUAGUGUUUCAGAUAUAUCUCCAGUUCAAGCUGCAAAAAAGGAAUUUGGACCCCCUUCACGUAGAAAAUCUAAUUGUGUGAAAGAAGUAGAGAAAUUGCAAGAAAAACGGGAAAAAAGGAGACUACAACAGCAAGAACUUAGAGAAAAAAGAGCCCAGGAUGUUGAUGCUACAAACCCAAAUUAUGAAAUUAUGUGUAUGAUCAGAGACUUUAGAGGAAGUUUGGAUUAUAGACCAUUAACAACAGCAGAUCCUAUUGAUGAACAUAGGAUAUGUGUUUGUGUAAGAAAACGACCACUCAAUAAAAAAGAAACUCAAAUGAAAGAUCUUGAUGUAAUCACAAUCCCUAGUAAAGAUGUUGUGAUGGUACAUGAACCAAAACAAAAAGUAGAUUUAACAAGGUACCUAGAAAACCAAACAUUUCGUUUUGAUUAUGCCUUUGAUGACUCUGCUCCUAAUGAAAUGGUUUACAGGUUUACAGCUAGACCACUAGUGGAAACUAUAUUUGAAAGGGGAAUGGCUACAUGCUUUGCUUAUGGGCAGACUGGAAGUGGAAAGACUCAUACAAUGGGAGGUGACUUUUCAGGAAAGAACCAAGACUGUUCUAAAGGAAUUUAUGCAUUAGCAGCUCGAGAUGUUUUUUUAAUGCUAAAGAAGCCAAACUAUAAGAAGUUAGAACUUCAAGUGUAUGCAACCUUUUUUGAAAUUUAUAGUGGUAAGGUUUUUGACUUGCUAAACAGGAAAACAAAAUUAAGAGUGCUCGAAGAUGGAAAACAGCAGGUUCAAGUGGUGGGAUUACAGGAACGGGAGGUCAAAUGUGUUGAAGAUGUACUGAAACUCAUUGACAUAGGCAACAGUUGCAGAACAUCCGGUCAAACAUCUGCAAAUGCACAUUCAUCUCGGAGCCAUGCAGUGUUUCAGAUUAUUCUUAGAAGGAAAGGAAAACUACAUGGCAAAUUUUCUCUCAUCGAUUUGGCUGGAAAUGAAAGAGGAGCUGAUACUUCCAGUGCAGACAGGCAAACUAGGCUUGAAGGUGCUGAAAUUAAUAAAAGCCUUUUAGCACUCAAGGAGUGCAUCAGAGCCUUAGGUAGAAAUAAACCUCAUACUCCUUUCCGAGCAAGUAAACUCACUCAGGUGUUAAGAGAUUCAUUCAUAGGUGAAAACUCUCGUACCUGCAUGAUUGCCACAAUCUCUCCAGGCAUGGCAUCCUGUGAAAAUACUCUCAAUACAUUAAGAUAUGCAAAUAGAGUAAAGGAGUUUGGAAUUAGUCCAUCAGACAUUCCCUUCUCACAGGGUAGUGGCAGUCGCCCUGAUCUCUCUCCUUCUUAUGAGUAUGACGACUUUUCUCCUUCAAUUACCAGGGUGAAAGAAUUGACUGUGGAUCCAACUGCCGCUGGUGAUGUCCGUCCAAUAAUGCACCAUCCACCAAAUCAGAUUGAUGAUUUAGAGGCACAGUGGGGUGUGGGGAGUUCCCCUCAGAGGGAUGAUCUAAAACUUCUUUGUGAACAAAAUGAAGAAGAGGUUUCUCCACAGUUGUUUACUUUCCACGAAGCUGUCUCGCAAAUGGUAGAAAUGGAAGAACAAGUUGUAGAAGAUCACAGGGCAGUCUUCCAGGAAUCUAUUCGAUGGUUAGAAGAUGAAAAGGCUCUCCUAGAGAUGACUGAAGAAGUAGACUAUGAUGUAGAUUCAUAUGCUACGCAACUUGAAGCUAUUCUUGAGCAAAAAAUAGACAUUUUAACUGAGCUGCGGGAUAAAGUGAAAUCUUUUCGUGCAGCUCUACAAGAGGAAGAACAGGCCAGCAAGCAAAUCAACCCGAAGAGACCCCGUGCCCUUUAAAUCAGCAUUUGCUGCUAAAGGAUUCCCACCCUCGCUACUGUAACAUACAAUGGUUCAGCUGUAAGGGCCAUUCGAAAGUUUGAAAUUUUAAGUGUCUGUGGGAAAUGUCUUGUCCCUUCAACCUGAAUGACAUUUCAGUUUUGUGAAACUCUCCUUUGUCUACAGGAUGCUUCUAGUCCAGGAGGCACAGCCGAGGCUUGGGAAUAGUGAAGCAUUUUGUUUCAUUUUACCCACAUAGUGAUUUACUUUUGAAGUUCCUUGCCAAUUUUAUUUUCUGUAUGAUGAAGUAAGAUUGUGGACUUGAUCCAGAGGUGAAUAGUAGGGGGAAGCCACAGCGUUUCCUUUUAACUCAGUUCAAUUUUCAUAGCAAGACUGAGCAGUUUUAAAUCCUUUGCGUGCAUGCAUACCUCAUCAGUGACUGUACAUACCUUGCCCACUUCUAGAAACAGCUGUGCUCACCUCUUCCUGCUUUGUGCCUUGACUAAGGCUACUGACCCUAAAUUUCUGAAGCACAGCCAAGAUAAAUUACAUUCCUUAUUUGUCGUUGUAAAUUACCUUUAUUGUGUGUACCUCUUUACUGUAAUUGAGACGUUUUGUGUGUGCGACUAGACUUGCAGGAUGUGCCGUACCACUGAAUGGAACUAGAGUCCGCGACAGUGGACACAGCUGCUGGACCAUCCCAUCUUCUAUGUAAAAAACCUGGAAUUAUGAUUUUAAAACCAUGUAACACGUGGUUAUGAUUUUCUUAGCAUUUUCUUUGUAAAGAACUAAAAUAUAAACUAGUUGGUGUAUAAUAAAAAGUAAUGAAAUUCUGAAAAGAGUUUUAUCUUAGGAUAAUACAUAUAUAUGCAGUGUGUGUUCCAGUGUGGUAUGAACAAGACUAAUAGUGCAAUUUGAUCUUUACCAAUACCAUUACUUAAGUUGAAGUGUCCAUUAGCACCCCAAAAUGUACCUUUUAAAUGGUACUGUUAAAGGAAAUUGGCUUCUGAUGCAUGAAUAUGUACAUGUACAUUGAAAGUAGUCCAUAAUAGAACUGUUAGUUUAAGCCAAGUAUAGACAGUACAGAACUCUCUUGAAAAGGAAUUUAAGCUAAGAAAGAGAUGACUUUGCCUUAAAAGGCAGAUCUGACCCAAGCUCCACCCAUUACCUAAUGUAUGAUGUUUCACCAUUAUUUGAUGAGAAUCACUAAAUUCUCACCAAUCAGUUCAUCUAGGGCAUGCUGCUUUUUAAAUGGUGGCACUUAUUUUUACAGAUUGCUAUUCCAAGGAAGAAAACUGGCCACUUUUCAUGUAAAUAUUUUGUUAGAAGAUUUAUAUAUCUUCUCUAGGAGUUUUCCCUCAGUUCCCAGGAUAGUGUCUAGGAGUACAUUAACCACAACAAAAAGUCUCCCAAGGGUGUCUUGUUUUGAUUUACUCUAGGGAACUACCAGCUCAUUCAUAUGGGCUAAUGGGAAGCUAUGAAUAGAGUCACAUGAGCCAGAUUCCCUACUUCACUGUCCACAGAUCUCAGAAGGUUGCUGUGGGAAAUCCUAACGCCAUGGUGAAAAGCUCCUCUGUAAACUUGAAAUCUAGAGCAAGUGUAGAUUUUCACAGUGUGCUUAUUAUUAAAUCUAUGGAAUGAGUUUUCGAGACAGUUUACUUCAAUACAAUCAAUCACCUGUGUUUUGGAAGGGACUCAGGUUUUCUUGCAGCUGUAAGGUAUGUUCUAUUUGUGUUUAUUUCAAGGAGAAGAGGAAGAAUGGAGAGCUGUUACUAUUGACCUUACAGAGGCUGUUUAAAAAGGUAGUUUCUGAGCCUAACCGAUCUUCAAAGGACAUCAUAAAGAGAUAUGUGAAUUUACUCAUUUUAAAGCACAACAGAUUAGUCUUAAUUUAUUAUUUAAAUUAGAAGGGUACUAUCUCUGGAAGGUCUCCUCAAUAUGAAAUGUACUGCCUUAUACUAUAAUGGCUUCAUUCUGGUUAGUAUUCAAGGUAUAUUAAAAAUCAGUACCAGAAAAGAUCUUGGUAGUAUAAUCCAUUCCUUCAGUUUUACAGAUAGGGAAAUCUGAAGGUUAUAAAAGGGACUAAAACUCAGCAGUCCAUAGGAGGACAGGGAAAUAAGAGGGAAAGCUGAAUUCAAUCUUAAAUUUAAAUUUUCCUUUAAGGAUAGAGAUGGUACAAGUGAACUUUGCUAAUUAAGUAGUUUUGUGAGAUUAAAAAAACCUACUCUUAAGUUUAUGUAGUAUUUAUGUAACAAAAGUGGCUUUGUGCAGUUAUUAUUUAAAGAAUAACUUAAAUUUUUUGGAUCUGGAUUAAACAUUCUUUACUUUCUCAGACUUGAAAGCUGAUAUCCCUAUUAUAAUAAUUAACUAAAAAUAUACAUUAUUUUAGUUAUAUAGGAAUGUUUUAAUGUAUCACUUUGAAGCCAGAUUUCUAAAAAAUCUGUUUAUGCAAACAACCUAUCUUUCCUUCUAGGUUCACUCAGUGUACCUCUGUUAAAAGAAUUUGGAUUUUAACUUUAAAGCCAGUGUUGAUUUAUAAAAUCCUUUGAAAUUUUACAUCUAUGACUGCCUCCCAAGAAAAAACAUACACUCUUAUAGUUCAUUUCAUUCUAGUUGAGCAUCCUCAUUCACAAGUAAGGAAUGCCCGGAAGGAAUAUGCCUGGCACCACGUGGUGGCAGUAGCAGACUCAGGCUUACCUAGAACCUUAGCCUAUUAUGCUGCAGGAUUGCUAAAGGGGUAGGCAGUGAUAGAAAUUAUAUAGGAUAAACAGAGAAAGAAGGAGAGAAGCAAAAUAACAUUUUAGGAAGCAAGGAAACAAUUGCUUUACUGUACACAUGAAUAACAAGAAGAAAUGGUAUGGGGAAUAUGUGACUAAAUUAAGCAUAUUUUAACUUUCUUAUGACUUGAAGAACAAAGGCCUAAAGAGCUAAAAUCCUAAAAAAAGGUUCUCACAGUAAUAUAUAACAUAGGAAAUAUUAGUGUAACGUCUUUAUAUAAUACACUGUUAGAAAUAACUUUUAAGUGUAAAGUUGUGCGUGUCUGCGGCUCUUAAACUUGAAGAGUAUCGUGUAUAAAUUGGACCCUGCCCUAUGUUAUAUAUUAAAAUCAAACCAAAACCAAAAAAAAAAAAAAAAAACCUGUAUAGUUAGAAUUGACUUACUUCCUUAAAAAUUCAGAGUAAUAAACGGUGACAACAGUAGUAAAUCAAAAAUAGUCAAGCACAUAGUGUCCAAGCAUAGUUCAUCUUCUCAAAUUACUAAGAAUAUAUAAUUCCACUUUGUUGAGUUUGGAAACUUCUCUUCUGCAGAUACCUAAGAAAAAUGGAUACCUUCUGCAUUGAAUCCAUGUAGCAAUCUGAAAAAAGAAACCAAAAUGGGAUGGUAUUGAAAUGCUAGUUUGUAGCAAGUAACAGUGCAUACAUAGUCCCUAUACCAUGAAUUCUAAAACACAAAUACAUCAGCGAACCUGUGAAGCCCACCCACUCCUAACACUAGUCAUUAAAGAAACUUUAUUCUUCAACUAAAUUUAUGAGAUGUAUAUUGGUUAAAACCACAUCAUUUUGGUGCCUCUUCUGUCAUAGCCUGUAUGUCUUAAGGCAUGAUGAAUUUAACUAAAAUGAUCUUAGACCUACACUAUCCCUGGCCUAAGAGGACACUGGCCCUUUGUUCCAUUUCAGCCUGGUAAGUGAAUGUGAAGCUGUCUGGAAUUAGAGGCAGGAGAGAGAUGAAUGGCUAAUCUCAUGUGUCCAUUCUUCCUCUCUGAGCUCACUGUUACUGAGGUUCAAAUUAAAUACUCACUGCUUCUCUCUGGACACCUGUGUACUUAUUAGAUCCUAGUUAGCAAACUGCAUGUUUAGUAACCUUGAAGAAGAUUAAUAAGAAUGAAGGAAAAUAAGAUGAAAUAUUUCUACUUAGACCUGCCUGAGAUUAUUUUCAGAAUGGCCCCAUAAGAACCAUCGAGAUGGGUUAAGAUAUCUGAAAAAGGAAGAUGGGUACUUAUGAAUAAUGUUCAACUCCUAGGAUUAACAUCUAAUAAAGACUCAGUAGUACUGCUAGCCUGCCAAUAAAAUAUAAGCGCCAUUUGUCUCAGUUACAUACAACUGUGUUUCUAGCAUAGAAAAGUCAAACCAAUGACUUUUAUAACAAUCUACCCUCUUUUUUAUCAGCCUCUAGACCAUGGAAGCUUUAAAAAUGAAUUGGAUAAACAGGAAAAAAAUUAUGGUUUAUUAGUUAGGAAAUCAGAGUGUUAGUGAUUAAAAACGAUGAAUACAGGUUAAUAAUUACCUGGGUAAUUUGACGCCUUACUCUGCUUUCCUAAGACUUACUUGCUUAAUCCAAGGAGAACAAAUUUCGGUCUAUAUUGCCCAGUUAAUUAUGCCUCAGUCCACAAAAUAAGUUACUGAACCAGUUAGAAAUGAUAACCAGAUAUGAUUGUAACUAAUAUUAUUUCAUACGUAAAAGCUAUUCUCAAUAAAGAAAAAAGACCCAACUGUAUAUAUUAUGAUUCUUUUACCUUACAGGCUACUUUGAAGAGACAAACUGUUAAGACUAACUAUGAAUGGGAGUUGGGGGAGGGGGCUGGAGGGGAGGAGCACGCACACCACCACACACAUGGCCACAGAGGUUACUCCAGGCUCGGACUGUUCUUCACCACUGUUCUUACAGUUCUUACAGGAAGUGUUCAUUCUGCUGCAGCUAACUAGCCUCCGUCUUCUACACCAAAUACUAUUCCAUACCAUGGAAGUGCUAUGCAAUAACUCCCAGGUAGCAGCACCUUAUACCACUUAAAAGCCUUUAAAUUUCUACAUCUGAAGGUGUCACAGUAAAGAUAUGUAAAAAUGUAGGAAAAGGAAAAUGUAGUUACCUAAUGAAAUCAUCUAUGUCCAUGGAACGGGCCCGCUUGUCACUAAAACCUGUGCUGGUUAGGAUUUGCUGUAUUUUAUCUGCUAUGCUGAAAUCUUCUGGUAUUAUCUAUCAAUAUAAGAUUCAGAAUAAAUGAACAACAUAUCUUUAAUGAA